AUGCGACAAUCAGAGUUUAAAAUGAAACUUGACCCUGAAUUGGGUCGAUAUACAAGACAACACAUAUAUGGAGAAGGAAUGAUGGAUGUGUUUAAAUCGGUUGGUAAAAAAAUAUUUGGAAAAACAAUGAAAAAAGCUGCUAAAAAAAGUGGUGAAAAAGUACUAACAAUGGCUGCAACAAAAACUGGUGAACAUGUUGGUAAAAAAGCUGGUGAUGAAAUAGUGCAAAUGUUAUCAAAAGGGGAGGUAAAAUCCACCCGAAAACCCCCUGCAAAAAAAGUUACUUUUAAUAAAAAUGUAGAAACAAUAACUCAAAAAGAAAUAGAUCAAACAUUGAAUAACCUUCUUAGUGGAGGCUCGACAAGAAGGAAAAAAAUUAUAUAAUUAUUAAAAUAAAAUGAAGUCUUUUAGAAACCCAAAAUAUUUAGAAAGAUAUGAAGAUGUUGUAUUUGACCUGGAACAGACUUUAGUUACAAAUAUAGCAAAUAACAGACAUCAAGAUAAAGAAGGUUUAAGAUUUGUUGUUGAUAAUACAGGAGAAACUACUCCUUUUGAUUGGUAUAACGCAAGACUAUCAAUGGAUUUUAAAGUAAAUAAGCUAGCAGAUGGAGGAAAUAUUGCGGUUGCUGACCAUAAUGGAAUUGUAAAUGGUAGUAACUCAUUUAUAGAAAGAUUAAGUAUUGAAGCAAAUGGUAAACAAGUUUAUAGUUGUAACUACGCAAAUCAUGUUGUAAAUAUUAAAAAUUUGCUUGAGUAUAAUCCUUCAUAUGCACAGAGUGUUUCUACAAACGAAUUUUAUUUUCCUGAUACAUCAACAGCUGCAGAGGAAAGAGAAUUUGAAGUUAGUGGCACAAAUCAGUUAGCUAAAAGAAAAGCAACAUAUAACAAAGGCUUUGCUGUAAGAAAAGCUCUAUUAGGUGCAUCAGCCACAGUAAAUUGCGAAAUUCCUCUUAAUAGAUACUCCUUCUUUGAAGCAUUGGAAGACAAGUUGCUUCCAAAUACAAAAAUUAUGCUAAAUAUUGAUAUUGAAAAAGAUGCAAAUUUAAUUUUUCAAGCAGCUGAUAAUUGUAGAGUUAUUAUAACAAGACUACAACUUUUUGUUCCAAAACUUACGUUUAAUUCAGAAGGACAAAAGUUGUAUAUGCAAAAUUAUCUUAAACCUUACAAAUGGACGUAUUUGAAUGAAGUAGUUGAAAGGUCAAAUAAUACACAGCAACAGACAGGACAUUAUAGAAUUACAAAUGCUAUUUCAAAACCACGCCAUGUUUUUGUUUUUGGAAUUGAUACAGCAAGAAUUGAUUCACAAACAGCAAAUCCAUUUUUAUACGACACUUUUAAUCUACCAAAUAAUGCGAAUAUAAGAGAUUGUUACCUGGAAGUUGCCAAUGGAAACGAAUAUCCUGAUAUUCACUUUAAACCUUCUACAGAUUUGUCAAGAGUUUUUAGAAAUGUAAUGUCAUACGUCUAUGCAAAUAAUGAUUAUCAAGGU